AUGUCUCAACAAUCCAACUCUUCUCCUUCCAAGAACAUGCAUUGUUCUCCUAGCGCUGAACCAAGCAACCCAAACAGAGAAGAUCCUGUUGCUGACUCUGUGAAUACCCCACAUGCAAGAAGACCUAAAGAAACUGUAUCAGGCUUCUCCUCAGCCAUCGCUCUUGAGGAACGAACCAAAGAAGGUUCCUGGUAUGUUCACAAUGCCAUUGCCACUACGGUGACUAGAAUACUGUCUGGAAAUCUUGAGGUCUAUGGGGUUUCCAUUCCCUUAAACACUAUUGAACCUGAUAGUGUUGCUGAUCAAGAAAAUACUGAGUCUUUAGGAAAGAAUAUCUCUGAUGAUGUUGAGCAAACUGAUGCCCAUAAGGAGUCAAAUGUUGACAAACCCUUAGAUAAUGUGGCUGGUGAGGAAGUUCAUGUCACUCAUGAUGUCAGUGACAACCCUAACUGUGAGGCUGAAAUAGUAGACCUGGAGGAAUUUUCUGAUAAUGAGUUGUUGUCCUCUGUCCUCCCUAGCAUAGACAAAAGGGUUAGGACUAGGAGAGAAAAGAAAACUGUGGCUCAAAGGUCCCCCAGAAAGAAGAUUGAUGUUCCAACCUCUUCCAAGACAACGGUGGCAGUCGAGAAUUCCCUCAAGAGGAAAGUUCAUGGUCCACCCAAAUCUUGGAGCAAAGUGGUGCACAAGAAAAAGAAGACCAAGUUUGUUGUAGUUGAGUCUGACUCAGAUGUUCCUUGUAAUGUCUCUGACAUUCUGUCAAAGAAGAAGCCAACCACUACAAGCAUGCAGCUAGUGUCCCUGAGGUGGAAAUAUGUUUAUCAGAAGAGGCUGGCUAUGGAAAGGGAAUUAGCUCAGAAUGUCCUAGACUGUAAGGAUAUUAUGGAUCUUAUUCAAGAGGCUGGUUUAAUGAAGACUGUGACUCAGUUUUCAAAGUGCUAUGAGAUGUUGGUAAAGGAAUUUAUUGUUAAUUUGUUUGAAGAAUAUGCUGAUGGCAAGUCUAAGGAAUUCAGGAAAGUGUAUGUGAGAGGCAAGUGUGUAAAUUUCUCUCCUUCAGUGAUCAACAAGUAUUUGGGAAGGCCUGAUGUAGCUGAACCUGAGCUUGAGGUGACUGACAACAAAAUCUGUCAAGUCAUCACUGCUAAUCAGCAUGCAGGAAGCUUCAGUGUGAAGGGUCCUAUAGCCUUUCAUUCUCUCAUCUAUGGUAUUGUUUUGAAUCAGUUUCCAAACAUCUUAACUGAGAAUGAUUCUGUGAAGAAAAGAGACAGCCCUCUGUAUUUCAAUCAUAAGUUGUUCCUAGGUACCCAUGUCCCUGACAUUGUCAUGACAUCAGGUGAGACAUCACGUGUAAGCAAUCAUCCAGGUAAAGUUGCUGUCAUUGCAAUGCUCAAAGAAACCUGCAGGGAAUUAGAGGCAAGGAAGCUGAACUUGGAAAAAUUGAUUAGCUCUUUGGAGAUGACUAAAGGUGAUGUGCUAGCUGAUGGUGGAGAAUUUGGUGAAGUUGCUGCUGUUGCAGAAGAAGCUGAAAGACAAGGUGAAGAGGGAGAAGCAGAUGUCAGUCCUGAUGAUGGCAUAGAUGAUGAUGCUGACUCUGAGUCAGAUGACUAG